GUUUUUUUAUUAAUUUUGCUUUUGUCUGUUUUCACUACCUUUUCUCUCUUUCUCUCUCUAUCUAUCUUUAUCUCUUACUCUUUGCCUCUCCGUUUCAUUCUUAUCGCCCACUAUUUUCGUCUCGCUGAGCUCGCGAAUUCUAUUGUCUGGAUGCGCAAGGCGUGCCUUUUUUUAUGUGUGCACUCGCCCGCGUAAGUGAAAGAGAAUUCACCAUUUUCUUCCGUCCUUUCUCUCUGUCUCUGUCUCUCUCUCUCUCUCUCUCUCUCUCUCUCUCUAUCUAUCUAUCUAUCUAUCUAUCUCUCUAUCUCUCUCGCUCUCUCUCUCUUAUUCUCACUUACUCACUCCAUUUCUUGCUCUAUCCACUCUGUGUGAUUUAUGGAUAGGUUAUACAUAUAUAGAUAUGUACAUGUAUAUAUGUAACAAAGUACGCCCUUGUCUCUGAUGUACCAACUAUUGAUCAACACCUCCAUUUUCUGUACUUAUAGAUGGUACGUAACAUGUACCCUCGCGCUCGUAGGAUGUUCGCCAGCGAGUUCCUAGAAUGCACUUGAAAGACGAGGAGCAGGAUUCUUCCUCCAAAGACAAGUCCUCCAAGGAGAAUGGGUCUAGCCGUAAAUCGUCUGGGAAAAGCAAACAUCGUUCGCGUUCUCGUUCACGAUCUCGAGAUCGAGAUCGUCGAGACAAAGAUCGACGGGAUCGCGACAGAGACAGGGAUCGGGAUCGUGACCGUGAUAGGGACCGCGAUCGUGAUCGCGAUCGUCGGCACAGCUCCAAUUCACGGGACAGGCGGGACCGAGACAGAGAUCGUGAUAGCGAUAGGGACAAAGACAGGCGGGACAGAGAUCGGGAUAGAGAUAGAAGAAGAAAAAGAUCAUUGACACCGUUAACGUUACCUAGAGCUCGACCGCCAUUCGGAAAAGGACACAGUCCCCUUGGAAUAAAUGAUGAACUAACACCAGAAGAGCGGGAUGCUAGAACAGUCUUUUGUAUGCAAUUAAGUCAGCGAAUUCGGGCACGAGAUUUGGAAGAAUUCUUCUCGAGCGUUGGCAAAGUGCAAGAUGUGAGAUUAAUUACAUGCAACAAAACUCGGAGAUUCAAAGGCAUUGCUUAUGUUGAGUUUAAGGAUCCAGAAAGUGUAACAUUGGCGCUUGGUCUGUCAGGUCAGAAGCUCCUUGGAGUGCCUAUUGUAGUACAACACACUCAAGCUGAGAAAAAUCGUAUGGGCAAUUCGAUGCCAAACUUAAUGCCCAAGGGACAGACGGGACCAAUGAGAUUAUAUGUGGGAUCUUUGCACUUUAACAUUACGGAGGAUAUGCUUCGCGGAAUCUUCGAGCCAUUCGGAAAGAUCGACAACAUACAACUUAUUAUGGAUCCGGAAACAGGGCGAAGCAAGGGUUACGGGUUCUUGACAUUCAGAAAUGCGGACGACGCAAAGAAAGCAUUGGAACAGCUUAACGGGUUCGAGCUCGCUGGUAGACCUAUGAAGGUUGGAAACGUAACGGAACGCACUGAUUUGAUCCAAGGACCGUCUCUUCUCGACACGGAUGAGCUAGAUCGUAGUGGCAUCGAUCUUGGUGCGACUGGCAGAUUGCAAUUAAUGUUCAAAUUGGCGGAAGGUACCGGUCUGGAAAUUCCGCCGGCAGCAGCAAAUGCUUUAAAUAUGGCCCCAGUUAUGACACAACCACAACCACCGCCUCAAGCCGCUCCUCCGAUUGCAACACAAUGUUUCAUGUUGUCAAAUAUGUUCGAUCCACAAAAUGAGACAAAUCCUAACUGGGCGAAGGAAAUCCGCGACGACGUAAUCGAGGAAUGUAACAAGCAUGGUGGCGUACUACAUGUGUACGUGGAUCAGGCAUCACCACAGGGAAACGUAUACGUAAAAUGUCCAUCGAUCGCGACUGCCGUGGCAGCGGUGAAUUCGUUGCACGGUCGAUGGUUCGCCGGCCGUGUAAUAACCGCCGCUUACGUGCCGGUGGUGAAUUAUCAUUCGCUGUUCCCAGACGCGAUGACUGCGCUGCAGUUGUUGGUACCGAGCGCACCACGAAGAGGAAUGUGAUAAUCUUGAACCGAUAAACGAGUGACCAGUAAUCGUCAUCUGUUGAUGUGUAAAUCUUUAGUAGUAUUACGUUCUUCUCUCUAUGUCAUGUAUAUGUUGUAGGAUAAUAGGUUCGUGCAGGAAAAUAGAUUUUGACUAGAUGCUAUCUGCCUGGUCAAAUGGCUCGUGUCUCUUUAUUAAGACUUUUCGUAGUCAAAUGCUAUUUUCCUAGGCAAAUAGCAUUUUUCGGUACGCUUUUUAAGAAAAUGCUAUUUGCUAGCAUUUGGACACAAAUAAAAUGUCAGUCAGCAUUUGUCUAGUCAGAAGUUAUUUUCGUGCACGAACUUAUUCUACACAUAUACACUCUCUCUUUAAACACACUCUGUAAACACUCACUCUCCUAUCAUAUGAAACUUGUUUUAUUUGUUAACAAACUAAAUUAAUAGAAGUCUGAACAAUUACUUUCGAUGAUCGCAUAUUGAGAAUAAUAUUACUUGCCCAAAUAUUACAUACAUUUAUUAUAUAUGCAGCACAUGUAGACGCAUCUGAAUAAUAGAAAUUACUUUAUGAAAAUUGGCAAAAAAUUGUAUAAUUUUUUUCAAUAUUUUGCAUAUAGAUGUUUGGAUACGUAUGACAUAAAAUUGUUAUGCCAUUUCGUUAUAUAUUUCUUGUAGAUUAUAGCAAAAUUUUAUAUAGACACUUAAGAAUCUCUGUUUUGCGUUUUUGUAACAUGUACUUGUUAGUUUAUUUCAUGAAAGAUAAAGAAAUUCAAGAAUUUCAACACUAUAUGAUUUAUAUGUCACAUUCUGCUGUAUAUUAUUCCAUAAUUUUGUAUUUAGUUUCCUUUCUUGUAAUAAUGUAAGAUUAACUAAUUGUUUUAAUUUAUCUUUUUUCAAGAGGGAGUGCUGUAAUACAUAUUAUACAAUAAAAUAUUGCAAAAUUAGAAAAAAAGAUUUAUAUUAUCAUAACUCGAUUCUUUGAAAUUGAAUGUUUUACAUUUCAUGAAAUAAUAUAAAUAUUGAAAUUACAAGAUGGCAGUUAAAGGACACGUAUACAUAAAACAAAUGACAAGUUUAAAGUGUUAAUAAUUACGAUGUUGCACACGGGAGCACUUUACCAAGGAACAAACAUCGCAUUUGUAUUUCUAAAUUACAGAUAUAAAUAUUUAUUGAUGCGGCGAGAGAAUAUUUUACUUAUAUCAAUAUGCCAUAGUUGCAAAUAUCUGCAAUAUAGCAUGACAUUUUGAAAUAUGUUUUAAUGGAAUUCAUUAAUUCGUAACAAUAUAAAUGUGUACAAUGUUAAAGAAAAAAAGUGACAACCUUAAUCUUCUCAUCUUUCCUAAUCUACUUAAUUUACGCUUACUAUAUGAGAAACAUUUAAAUAUUUAAAAAAUAAAAAUUACUGUUGCCGUAUUUACUAUAGUAUCGCCUAUUUAUUUAAUUCUCAUUCCUGUCAUUUUUAGGUCAUACUAUUAGAUUAUAUUUACGAAAUAAACAAAAAUUUAGUUUUAUUAAAAUCUAUUCUACUUUUAUCCGAAACUAUAAAAUAUUAAAAUUUCUAUAACCAUUUUUUUCUUUAUUUAGAACUUCUGUGAUUAUAUCAAGGAAGAAAGGAUUAGGAAUAGCAAGAGCUGCUUCAAGCACAUUUAUUAUAUUGUUACGGAAAUGGAAAUAACUAUGAGUGAUAAAACAAAUCUCUAAAUUAUUAAAAAUUUUUCCAUUGAAUGAUUAUUUCGCAAUUUUACGAUAAAAUACUUGUAUUAGAAAUAAUUUAGAUGAUAUUCUGUAUUAGAAUAAGAUAUAAACACGAUUUUAAUAAAAGCUAUUGUGA